GCCGCUAGAAUGGAGACUGAAGACUCAGACGCGAGCAACCCCUAUUCAGUAGAAGGCAACAAGUGCCUGGACCCGGACGUGUGUGACGCUGACAGCUGCGACAUCCCAGACCCAGGGCUGCUCAAGGAAAAGAACGAGGUGCUUUCGGAGCCAGUCCCACGGCUUUUUACCAGCAGCUCCCGGUGGCAGAACAUGACCCCACGUGCCCGUGCCCACCAGCUGUGGCUGUUCCUACGUGCGGGCCUCCAUGACUUUGUAGAAAAGGAAAAGAGAGGUGAGCGGUGUGUGGCACGCUUGACCCAUGGGCUGGAGCCGCUGCGCCACCUGAAAGUGGCAGCUGGGCUGUGCUCAGUGGCCCAGGACCCAGUGGGCAGACGCUUUGUGGUGCUCGAUGGUGCAGGCCACCUGCACGUGCACAGAGAGGAUGGAUGGGCAUACGAGAAGCUACAGGCCCCAGCCGUGCUCACGGGGCUGGUGGCAGUGCCGGGCCCGCUGGAUGCUGUGAGCCGCUUUGUGGGUUGGGGCCCCAAGGGGCUGGCCAUCCUAAGGCCUGACCUCAGCCUGCUGUGGCUGAGCAAGCCAGGGGUGGGCAGGGUGCCAGGCCACGAGCCCCUCUGCUGUCUGCCAGUACCCAGCCUGGGGCUGUUGCUAGUGGCAGGGGCAGGUGGCAGCCUUGUGCUCUGGAAGUUCUGUUCAGGGGGUCGCCGCCUGGUGCCAUGUGGGUCACCUCUGCAGCUGCCACCAAGCCCUACAGGUACACUCACCCGUUUGGUUCUGGGGCCCCUGCAGUCCCACCAAGUCCCACGCUGCUUCGCGGCCUAUGGCUCCGCUGUACUCACCUUUGAUCUGCACACCUGGGCCCUCGUAGACGUGCGCCGGGACCUGCACAAAACCGCUAUCUUGGACUUGGCCUACUGCCUAGAGGUAGAGGCCAUGGUAACAGCCUCGCGCGACAGCACGGUGAAGGUGUGGGAGGCUGACUGGCGGAUCCGGAUGGUGUUCAUGGGCCACACAGGCCCGGUGACAGCUCUGGCUGUGCUCCCGAACACGUCCCUGGUACUGUCGGCCUCGCAGGACGGGACGCUGCGCACCUGGGACCUGCAGGCGGCAGCACAGGUGGGCGAGGUGGCGCUGAACUGCUGGGGCCCAGACGUGGCGUCUGGGCGCGUGAACCGCCUGCUGGCGCCCGCGGGCCCCAGCUGGCCGGUGCUCUCCCUGAGGGCCAGCAGCGUGGAGCUGUGGCGCCUUCGCGAGCUGUACUCGCCGCUGGCGCAGCUGUCUGCCCCAGUGCUUCACGUGCAGGUGGUGCCUGCGCUGUCCGCACCCCCGCACCCGCUCCUGCCGGCGCGCCUCGUGUGCGCCUGCGCCGACGGCUCGGUCUACCUGGUGUCGGUCGCCACUGGGCGCACCGUGAGCGCGCUGCUGCUCGAGCCCGGUGACUGCGCAGCCUCAGUGCUUUAUUGCCUGCCGCGCGAAGCGCUGUGGCUGCUGACACGCACCGGACAGCUGGUGUGUGCCAGCGCGGCGCGCUGCCCCAUGCGCGUGCUGCACCGCGUGUGCCCGCCCCCCGCGCCUGCGCCCAGGCCCUGCUGCCUGCACCUCUACAGCCACCUCACAGACCCCGGCAGCGCGUUUGCCGGCUGGGAGACCGUGUGCCAGCAUGGGGGGGAGCCGUGCCGGAGCGACGCAGCCCGGGCCUGGAAGGACAAGAACCGGUACCUGCCCGUGGUGGGGCACACGGAUGGCACCCUGUCAGUCCUGGAGUGGCGCUGGUCGAAGACCGUCUUCCAAACCGAGGCACACAGCCCGGGCCCCGUCACCGCCAUAGCGUCUACCUGGAACAGCAUCGUGUCCUCCGGCGGAGACUUGACAGUGAAGAUGUGGCGCGUCUACCCCUAUGCGGAGGAGAGCCUGAGCCUGCUGCGCACCUUCUCCUGCGGCCACCCUGCCGUGGGGCUCUGUGCACUUGGGAAGCGGAUCACGGUGGGCUUUGAGGAUCCGGACAGCGCCACCUAUGGCUUGGUGCAGUUUGGCCUGGGCGACAGCCCCCGCUAUGAUCACCGGUCCCAGGAUGACCCCACGGACCACAUCACUGGCCUGUGCUGCUGUCCCACGCUCAAGCUGUAUGCCUGCUCCAGCCUGGACUGCACCGUCCGCAUCUGGACGGCGGAAAACCGCCUGCUGCGGCUCCUGCAGCUGAAUGGUGCCCCACAGGGCCUGACCUUCAGCAGCAACAGUGGGGACCUGGUGUUGGCUCUGGGCUCCCGACUCUGCCUGGUAUCUCAUAGGCUCUACCUGCCCACAUCCUACCUGGUUAAGAAGCUGUGCCAGAAGGUCCCUGAUGUGGUGGAUGACCCUCUACUACCACUGACCAGCCAGGAGUCGCGGACCUCAGCCCAGCUGCAGAGGCUCGGCAAUCUCCAUGGGGUGGCCAGUCUUAGCACAGACUGGUCUUUCGCCCAUCGCCAGACGGCAACACCGCAGCAGCCAGUGUUGGAGGAGGACUUGGAAGCCCUAGUUGCCCGGGAUCAAGACCUUCAGCAGCUGAGUCUGGGGCUGGUGGUCCCGACAGCCCAGCCCCCACCCUCCCAGCACGAGCGGCAGGAGGCGUUUGACCACUACUUGCACCUGAUCUAUGGCCCUGGCUUGCUGGACGUGCCUUCUGGAAGAGAGUUCCAGCGGUGGAGUACCGUGACCCUCGCCGUGGAGAGAGAGACCUGGGACGUGUGCACCUCACACAGAGCUGCCAACUGCCUUUGGAAGGCCAGAGUCUGCCCUGAAGUCCCGACGGUGCCCGCAGCCCUCCCCCAACGGGACCCGGGAGCUGUGGGCCCGCGCUUUGUCCACCCCCCCCGAGCCCCCUUGCCUAUCCCACCCGUACACCGGGGGGUGCACAGCAAGGCAUCCCAGCUGCUGGCCCGCUCCUCCCUGAGCAGUAACCUGGGCCUCAGUCUGGACCUGCAGCUGCAUUUGGAGCGGCUCCGAGGGGAGAAGCCUAUGGUCCCAGGCCCACCGGCCCUCCACCUGCAACACGGGGACCCCCUCUUGAUGAAGAGGCGGCCCAAGGAGCCUCUUUCCAACCUCCGAGGCUUCUUUCCUACCACCAUUCAGCCCUACAAGGACUUGCAGCGGCCGGUCAGCUUCCCCGGCAGCGUGCCCAACUCGGUGGUGCUGCAGCAGAUGUGGCUUCACCGGGAGGUCAGCAGCCUCGGAGCCCUCGCCCAGCACACCAGCCGCAGAAGCAAGCCAGGAAGGCGCCAGGAUGACCUGUGGCUGCCGCGGCGCAUCGGGGUGGCGCACGGCCAGGUGGCAGCAGAAGCUGACCGGGUGGUUGGGGGAAGAGGAGGAGGAGGAGGAGGAGGGGCAGCGGUAUGUGGACUGGUCCUCAGAUACCCUGAGCCCACCUACGCAGCUCUCCGAGUCCGAGGAGACGGAGGCUCAGAGCGCUACGGGCCUCUGCCCAGGUUUUGCAUUUUUUUCGUCGGCCAGAACUGGUUCAAAAAGCUGUUCCCCAUCUUCACCUUGGAGGCCUACCCCGAGGUGAGCACGGUGGAGGGCCUGGCCUCACUGUUCGUGGACCUGCUGUACGAGGCCUCUUGGGCAGACGGCGUGCACAUCUUGAAAGCGCUGCUGAGGCUGCUGCCCGACACGAGCAGAGACCUUCGUAACCAGCUGCAGGGCGUCCUCGUGCGCCUGCUCAACCUGGACCAGCCCCCCAGCCUCGAGGACCAGACGCAGAAGCAGUUCGUGAUGCUGGCUCUGCAGCUGCUCCUGGCCGGCUCCCUGCAGUCCCGCGAGGUGGUGCUGGAACUCAUGUCGUACUUCCUCUACUCGCCUGCCUCCCGCCGGCCGAGCUCAGGAAACUGCUGGAUGGGCUGGGGCCUUCAGGAUCCGCAGGGCUUCCUGUUCAAGGAGAUGAUGACCUGGGUCCAGGGCCCGGACGCAGGCUCCAAGGCUGCCCUGCGCAAAUGCUGCUGCCAGAAGCUGGAGGAAAUGAUCCAGAGGUUGCAGGUCCUGGGGGGCAGGGGUGGGGUAGGCUGCUUGCAGUGGAGCCUCCUGUCUUGCCCACACCCCGCCCCCCCCCCCAGGCUGGCCGGGGCUCUUUGCCUUGCUCUGUAUCUGUGCCUCAUGGGUCCUCUUCUGUCUCCCAACCCCCCAUUUCUGGGGAUCAUCCUGCUCCUCCCCAGGAAGGAGUCUGCAGCCAGAUCUCAGGCUUGGGGGCCGGGGCAGCCUCUGCCUUGGGCUUGGGGGCACUGUCCACUGGCUGCUUCCUCCACAGACGGAGCACUUGCAGCCUUCCGUGGCCAAGUUGUCCGAGAUGCUGCCCAAGGUCUCCCAGACCUCGGUGUUUCCAUCUCCUCCCAAGGAGACCCUGUCGCGGAUUUCAGUGCUCGCUGGGUCACCUCAUGUCUCAAGGGCACCCUCAGUCCGUUCCUGGGUACCCUCCCUUGUGGUCUCACCCGGGAGCUGAACUUGGCUGUCCUUGAGUCCGGAGCCAAGCCGAUGCCUUCACCAACGCAUCUCCGGCGGAGCAAACACGCGCUGUCUGAGGCGCCGCCGCACUUCUGCCCCUCCGAGGUCCACGCGCCCUCCUCAGCACCCGCCGCGCUGCUGGAAGAGUCGCUGCCACUGGCGCAGACGGACUGGUCCCGGUCACAGAUGCUGGACCUGGGGCCAAUCGAUGCGCUCAACUUCUUUUGCGAACAGCAGCGAGCACGGCUCGAGCAAGGUUUCCCGCAGGAGGAGCUCGAGACACUGCGCCCGAGCCCGCGCCCACCCGAGUCCAACACCGUACUGCCCCAGCCCCGGGAUCGCUGGCACUAUCCCAUCCUCCGGCUUCAGGAGGCCAAGGUCCAGAGGUCUCCGAUGAGACUGAGGGGCUGGAUGCGGUCCCGGCUCUGGGUGGGCCAUACCCUCAGUGGCUCCAUCCGGAUGCUGAAGCUGCCGCUGCCGAGGGUAGAAGUUCAGCCUUUCCCCCCGGACUGGCCCAGGCCUGCCCGUCCGCUGCCCCCACGGCUCCUGCAACCCACCUUGCAGCGCUACUUUCUGCCAGAUUAUACAGAGACCCUGACAGCUACAGCUGACCAGACUGGUGGCCCCAGUCUCUUCUUCCCUCCAGCAUGGAGUCAAGAUGUGGCUCUCCAGCCAGCUGUUCUCCCCUGGAAAUAAAGUCCAGAGGCCAUGGCCAGAAAAAAAGGGUGCCACCUUCAUCUUUGGGGACUGCAAGUGUGAGCAGGGCCGUCUCAAUGGUGUGAUGAAUCUGCCAGUGGCCAGUUGCAAGGCAGGAGCUGGGGGCAUGGUGGAAUCUGGCGUGGUCAGCCCUUGGUGGAGCAGCAUUCCUGGUGGGGGUGGGUCUGUCUGCCAGGAGCCGGACCCAUCGCAUGGGCAUGUCCCUGCUCAGGCACUCAGCCUGUGUUUAUCAAUA